GAGAGAGAGAGAAAAAACACUUCCGUCUGCCGCUUCACCGCUUCGUCCAUUCCGUCGCCAUUCGGCGGAGAAACCCUCGCAAUCUUGCCGCUGGUCGGUUGUCAUUUCUUCGCUGGGUUUCGGGGUAGAAUUGGGAAAGUGAAAACGAAAUGGGUGAUACUGAAGAAGGAAACAGUGAUAUGAUCCAACGAGUACAGUCUUCGUUUGGGACUUCAUCGUCUGUUCCUAAACAACAGCCACAAAAACCAGUUUCAUUUAAUCAACUCGAUAUCCCCCAGUUGAACACAGCCCCAUUCCGUGGCCAAAAUCGACAGUUUUCCCCAAAUUAUAAUCUCGAUAAUAGCAGUAAAAGAGUCGGUAUCCCGCCGUCCCAUCCACAAUUCCCGCCGGUCUCACCUUACUCACAGAUUCCGGUGACUCAGACUUCAGGGAAUAAUCAUAAAAUUGGGGGUUCACAGAGCUUUACUCAUGGUCCAGGGCCAUCCCAUUCACGAUCGUUAUCACAACCUUCCUUUUUCCCUUUGGAUUCUCUUCCCCCUUUGAGCCCAUCUCCUUAUCGGGAUUCUCCUUCAGCACGAUCCUCUGAUCAGCUCCCAGGCGAUAUUUCAAUGGAAGAACGUGAUGGGAAUUCACACUCUUUGUUGCCACCUUCUUCUCCUUUUGGGCGUGGGAAUUCGGCUCGAACCGGUGAGAAUCUUCCACCACGAAAAGCUCAUAGGCGGUCCAACAGUGAUAUUCCAUUUGGGUUCUCUACUAUCUUGCAAUCAUCACCGCCAUUGAUUCCGUUAAGAAGUCCGAAUACUUUGGAACGAGCUGCGUCUUCAAGAGACAAUUCGGGCUCAAAGCCCAUUCAGUUGGUGAAAAGGGAAUCGAGUUGGGAGAAAGUUGGUGGUGAAGGCAAUGCCGAAGGAACUGGAGAGAAGAAAUCUGAAGGGGAAGUGGUGGAUGACCUGUUUUCGGCUUAUAUGAAUUUAGACAAUCUCGACACGUUAAACUCUUCGGGAACCGAUGAUAAACAAGGAACCGAGAAUCGUGAAGAUUUGGAUAGCCGAGCUAGUGGAACAAAAACAAACGGUGGUGAUAGCAGUGAUAACGAAGCUACAAGCAGUGUGAAUGAAAGCGGAAAUCAUAUGCAAAGAUCGGGAAUCAGUUCUAUUUCCGAUAAACGAGAAGGGAUUAAACGGAGUGCUGGUGGAGACAUCGCUCCAACUACGAGACAUUAUAGAAGCGUUUCGAUGGAUAGCUUUAUGGGAAGGAUGAACUUCGGUGAUGAAUCACCAAAGCUUCCUCCUUCCCCUGGUGGGAAUGUUAAUCAACUAUCCCCAAAUAAUUCCAUUGAUUCAAAUUCAAAUACUUUCAGCUUGGAGUUCGGGAAUGGUGAGUUUACGGGGGCCGAGCUCAAGAAAAUCAUGGCUAAUGAGAAACUUGCUGAGAUAGCUUUAACCGAUCCCAAACGAGCCAAGAGGAUCUUGGCUAAUCGCCAGUCUGCUGCUCGAUCAAAAGAACGGAAGAUGCGUUACAUUACAGAAUUGGAACACAAGGUUCAAACUUUACAGACUGAAGCAACGACAUUAUCUGCACAGCUUACGUUAUUGCAGAGAGAUUCAGCUGGGCUCACAAGUCAAAACAAUGAGCUAAAGUUUCGUCUGCAAGCUAUGGAACAGCAGGCCCAGCUUCGAGAUGCUUUAAACGAGGCUUUGACUGCCGAGGUUCAACGUUUGAAGAUCACGACCACAGAGCUAAGUGGAGACGCUGCCAAGUUUUCUCAACUCUCGAUCAGUCCACAAAUGUUCCAGUUACACCAACAGCAGCAGCAGCAGCAGCACUCUCAUCAAAUGCAACACCAAAACCCGCAGCAGUUGCAACAGCAAAACGGCGGUGCAGGCACCAAGCACGAGUCGAACCAAUAGGACAGAGUCGGGGUUUUCGGAGGUGCCGAGUUUGUGCAUACCAUCAGUAACGAGCGACUUAAUAUAUCUCAGGUGGAUUCAAUUCAUUAGUUUUUGCGUCUUUUCGGAAGUACAUACCAAGGUGGGUUCUUUUAUCGACUUCUAAUAUUACCAGACUUAGCAGCUUCGAUCUUUCAUCGAGCUUUUUAGCCAUUUAUUUUAUAUAUAUAUAUAUAUAUACACAUAUUUCUUUGUGUUUGAAGAUUUCUUUUUGUUCAUGAUCUUGACAAAUUCAUGGGAUUUGAACUUGUUUUUGUUUUCAUUAUGAUGUGGAGUUGAUUGAA